CCUUACUUAGACUACAGUUACAAAAGCGCCUCGUAAUCAACCAGAGGUCUUAUGAAAGGUGGUGUGGCCUGCAUCGUCAACCCCAGCUUAGGAGCAUUUUUGCCGAACUUUUGCACCACUAGGUGGAAUGCAGGCGAGACCCUUCAUAAUAUUCUUCUUUCAAAUUAGGAAUCCUUAACGCACGUGUUCAAGCCUCCGUCUCACUGUCAGCCAGGCGAUGACCACCGUUUGGCUUCGGUUUCCCCAAGGACUGGAACCUUGGCUUUCGGAAUGCUCUCAGAAUGGACGCUGUAGGUGCUUAGUACGCCAGUUCCGCGUCCCAAAGAAGUGCUUCGUUGAGGACCUCCGAGGGUACCUAUGUGAGCUGGCACAUGGCAAUUUGGAUCCGUGCCAUCUGCACCUGUACUUCAAGUCACGGGAGCUCACCGACUACGAAGAGGCAGCUGGGAAAGCCAGCACCUCAAGCUAUAGGGCCCGGAAGCUCACGCUGAAGAGUUUUGGUGUGCGGGCAGGUGACGUCGUCGAUGUAAAGUUAUCUCAGUCUAUCAUGCGUCUGCUGGAGGAGCACGAGGAGGUGGAGGAGGUGGCGCAGCAGCCCGAUCCAGCAUCCAUUGGCGAUGACGACAGCCGUGAUGCAGAUCAAGAAGAACAAAACGGAGAAGAAGAAGAAGACGAAGCGCCGGCCGCGGAGCGGUUGGCAGCCAAGACCCCACCCACCAACAACACACCCAGAGGAGCGGCAGCGCGAAGGACGAGCCGGGCAGGUGGUGGAAGCGGCGGAGCUGCUGCGGGAGGAGGUGGCAUGCGGGAGGAGGAGGAUGAAGGAAUGGCUGAGGAGGACGGCGGUCGGACAGGUCAGCAGCAUCAGGUGGAUGGGGAGGAGGACAUGAGUGAGGGUGAGCCGCUGUCGGACGAUGAGUACGAUGACGCGUCCGACGGCGGCGACGAUGUGCGCCGCGACCCAGAUUUCGAGACAGCAGCGGAGGACCAGGCGGAAGAGGAUGAGGAGGAGGGCACUGGCGGCAGCAGCGCGGAUGUGGUUAUGGCUGAUGAUGGAGAAGACAGCGGUGGAGACGCCGGCAGCGACGGAGAUGGCGAGGGUGAUGAUGACGCGGAUGAUGGGGAUCUGGGUCUGCGUCGUACAGCAGCCGCCGGGGCUGAGGAUGUGAGCAUGGAGGAGGCUGAGGAUGGCGAUGGAGAAGAGGCCGCUGCUGCUGCUGCAAAAGCAGCUGGAGUUGGCCGCCGGACGGCGGCAGCAGCAGCGGCGGAUCGACGGCAGCAGAUUGCAUCGCCGGUGAAACAGCGGCAGCCUCGGCAGCAGCAGCAGCCAAAGGCGCAAGGGCCGCAGCGGCAGCAAGCCCAACAACCGCGGCAGCAGCCUGGGCAGCGGGCAAUGGGGCCUGGGGCCCACGGGAACACCGAGGACGAUGACGAGGAGCGCGAUGAGGAGCACGAAGCGGAGGAGGAGCCUGAUGUGGAGGUGCUCGAGGGAGAGGAGGAGGAGGUGCAGGCGGCAGUGGAGGAGGAAGAGGAGGAGGAGGAUGCUGUGGAGGACGAGAUAGAGGACGACGACGACGAUGAUGCGGACUGGAGAGUUGGCAGGUCUACGGCUGCUGGGCGUGGCCAGGGUCGUGGACGCGGACGUGGCAGUACGGCAGCUUCUCCUGGGAGGGGCCGGGGAGGGGCUGCUGCUGCUGCUGGUCGCGGUGAUGGUGGUGCAGGAAGAGGAGGGCAAGGUCGUGGCGCUGGGGUUGCUGCAGCGCCCCUAGCCAGCGGCGCUGGCGGAAGCAGAGGCAGCACUUUGCUAGACGCGAGUAAACGCGGACACUGGACGCCGCAGGAGGUUGAGGCUCUUGCGGACGCCAUGGAGAAGUACGGAAAACAGUGGUGCGUCAUCGAGCGCGAGACCGGAUUGCGGGAACAGAAAGUGCUCCGCUACAAGUGGCGCAACAUCGUCAACGCCAUCCGGAACGGCUGGGCGGGCAGUCGGGUACAAAUGGCCGCGCCGCUGCGCGACCGCUUCAAGGCGUUGUACGACACGCUCGGGCAGUGAGGUUUGUUCG